AUGUUCAAGGGCCUAGUAAGAACGACAGUGCCAUUGGUGGCGUUUGGCGUCGGCUUGGCCGCGUUCCCUGCGCUGUGGCGCAAGAGCAGCUGGAACCAGCGCAAGCUUCUCCACACCAACGACGACGUGGUGCGCCAGAUCGAGCUGCUGGACGAGUUCCAGCACCUUGCCAAGGACGCCAACGUGGAAUUGACGUAUUCCAGCCAUACAUUUCCCGAGCAGCACCACCUGAGCCACGUCGGAGUUGCGCUUCUCCAAGGCAAGGACCUCCACGAAAUCGACCCAAUCAUCUUCGUGGACCACGUCCAGCACCAGCUGACAGGAUUCUACCACUUGGGCAAUAAGUUGGUCAGCCAGGACGGAGGCAUCCACAACGGCAUUGUGGCCACCAUCUUCGACGAGGGCAUGGUUUACUGCGGAUUUCCGCUUCUUCCCUCAGGCAGAGGCGUCACCGCCAAGUUGUCGGUGGAUUUUGCUAGUCAGGCACCUCCUAACACCACGGUUGUGUUGAAGACGCGGGUGGUGGAGCACAAGGGCCGCAAGGUAGUGGUGGAAGGCGUAUUGGAGACGUUAGCGCACGACACUGCCCCCGUUAAGAUUGCCUCUGCACGCGCGGUUUUCGUGGAACCCCGGUGGUUCAAGUACUUCAGGUGGUUGCAGGUGUAG